UCUCCAGAAGGCCCGGGGCCAUUUUCAGUCUGUAAAUCUUUGCCCACUUCCCCCCCACCCUGCUUCGUUCACAUUUACAUGUCUGCACACAUGCACGUGUUCACAUGCAUGUUGAGUGUCGCGACAGCACGUGACGACCAGAUUCAGCGUCGAGCCACGUCGUCCGUCCGUCUCUGCGGCCGGUACCACAUCCGCCAUUACCGCCAUUGUCUCACACCAUGGCGACGGUCUCCUCGUGCCAUCAGACCAGCACAAAUUGACACUAUCCUGUCCACUUGUCUGCUCUCUCUUGCUUCUGUCUGCGUCGAUUUCUCUGUCGGCAACUCACUUUGUCGUGUAGGCAACCUUCUACUUUGCCGACCAAUCUCGGCUGAAUUCUCCAACCCCCUUCAGGGCCUAGGCAGCUUCCACGAAGGUCGGCGUAGUUGCGCGUCGGUUUCGACUUGUGAGGACGGAAGGAGGACAAAAAAUACGCCAUCGCCAAGGCAACAGCCUCCGGCAUCGUUGCCGUCCGAGCGGCAAGCCUCGACUCGGAGAGUGCAUGUUCCUAUUUGACUUCGUUUUCUACGACCCAUCCAAGCCGGUGUUAGGAGACCGAGCACAUCAAGAUUGCGCGGGAAACAGAGAAUACUCAACAAUCUGUCGUUGGGCGGACCACCAACAUCAACUGUCAAAACUUUUCCGGGAGGAAAAUGCCGAUUUUGUGGUCAGUCGAUUGUAAUCGCUUUCAUUCAAUGUAUCAUUUACUUUGGCAAAAUGUCCACAUUCGAAAGAGGCUUCAUCUGUUUGCUGGAGACGGCACAAACCGACUCAUUUGUCGGGAACUUUGCUUCAAUCGGACAAGGCAACGUAAGACUUGGUGGUUGA